GUUUUCAAAUGGCAUUUAGAAAGAAUCAAUUUUCAUCCACCUACUUUGAGCUGACAGUGAUGAAAGAAAACUCACAAUGAGAUUCAGUUCGGCAGUAUAAAACAUAGCAGAAAAGCUGAUCGAACUCAGACCAAAGUCAACAGAAGUCUCUAGAAUUUACAGCAAGUUUGUUUCCUUCAAGUGCUGCUAUAACAUGAACACGCAACUACUAUGCAGUCAACACAUUUUAAUUUGGUUCCUUGUGUCUGCAGCAGUUAACAAUUUGUGUUCAGUCAAUACAGCAAUGGAAGAAACAAGAAUUCCUGGAAGUGAUUACGGUACAGUGGAUGGACAGCGUCCGAGUUGCAAGAAUAAAAAAUCUCCUGCCGCAGAUGUGAUUAAUUUGUCAGUAGAAUUUAACAUGGAUCACAAGAAUGAAAAACCAAAUGGCACAGCAGAAUCUCAACCUCACAUAAAAUUAGAAGACAAGAUUAUGAAUAACUUCAUAUUGGAAAACUGGAGUAUUCCUGCAGAAAUCAUUAAAAAUAAAACUACAACUAGCCUGUUCACAGGACAGGGAGAUGUAGAAACUUUAAUGUUACAACCCACAAGCAACAGAAUGUGGUAUGCACCUCGUCUGGGGCGUAGGGACAAAAGGUCUCGUGUUAAUGACGAACAAGUGAAACAAGAAUCUGCAAGAGGUGGAAUGUGGUUUGGACCUCGUCUGGGGCGUAGGGACAAAAAGUCUAGCAUUAAUGACGAACAAGUGAAACAAGAAUUUGCUUAUGGUGGUAUGUGGUUUGGACCUCGUCUGGGGCGUAGGGACAAAAAAUCUAACGUUAAUGAUGAACAAGUGAAACAAGAAGUUGCUUAUGGUGGAAUGUGGUUUGGACCUCGUCUGGGGCGUAGGGAUAAAAAGUCAAACGUCCAUGACGAACAAGUGAAACAAGAAGUUGCUCAUGGUGGUAUGUGGUUUGGACCUCGUCUUGGGCGCAGAGAAAAAAAAUCCUAUGAAAAUGAAUGGCCCAAAAAACCAAGACCAUUCUGGAUGUUUCUGGAAACUACAAACAAACCAAGAGAAUAUGAUUUUCUACCUCAAUUUGAUCAAGAUACAGUUUCUGAAAUUUAUGCAACGGCUGUCAACAACAUCACAUCAGAGUUAGAAAACUACAGUUCACAACUCUCAGAUGAUAUUGGAAUUAUGAAGUACAGUCCAAGUAGUAGGGUACGAUUUUCAUCACAACUUGGCCACAAGCAAAAGAAAGCAACCAACGUAAUCGCUUAUGUCCCACAGGAAGUUCAAAUGUGGACUUCGGAAGACAAAAAUAACAAACCUCCCGAAUAUGACUUCACACCCAGGCUAGGCCGUGAAUUGUACGAGAAAGGGCUCACUUUAGCCUCUAAAAGCCUUAGAUUACCUCAAAUUGGACACAAUACUGGUAUAAAGUAUGUGUAUUUUCAACAAGAUUAAGAUGAAACAAGACAAACAUAACAAUGUUCUAAUAUUGGUUAGGGUGAUAUGUAAUAAUAUAUUGAAAAUCCUGUCUAUGAAAUGAGAUGUAAUUCAUAACACAUUCAAAAUUAUGUAAAUGUUAUAAAUGUAGAAACUGUUCUAUAAAUGACAAUAAAUGGUAUACUCUGAACCAUAA